CGUGCCGGCAGCGCCCUCCUUCCUGCCGGCGUGCCGAGGCGCGGGGCCGCUGCGCGGCGCGGCGGGGGAUUUUUUCCGGGCACAACGAAGGGGCGCUGCGGGCUGCAGCCAGCCCUCGGGGGUCCGUAGGCGGGAAAAAUGUAAACGAGCAAAGUCAGCCUCAGCCCGCACAGCACUCAGCGCGUGCCGCAACGGGGCAGCGCGUGAGCUCUGGCCCCGCUCAUCGCCUCGGGCGGGCGGCUCCGGCGCGGGCGGCGGGCAGCGGGCCGACCCUGAGCGGAUCGCGGAGCUGCGGCUGUGCGCUUCGGGCGGAUAAAGGGACGGGGUCGAGAUCAAAUCUGUGUCAAAAAAAAAAAAAAAAAGAAAAAGAAAAAAAAGUUUGCAGUCGCGCCUUGGCUUCUACGCGCGGUGAGGAAAUGCCGCAGAGGGCCCCGCAGUGCCUCGAGACAGCCCCACGGGACAGCUCCCCCACCCCCCCGCAGGACCGAGCCCCGCGCACCGCUGCGGAGGCGCUGACGGACGCACGGGGCGGCCGCGCCCCCCCGCCCCGAUCCGAAUCGCCUUGACCGCCCCCAGGCGCGGCCGCCAGCAGCAGCGCGGGGCCGGGCGGUGCGGGGGGAACGCGGAGGUCCGCUCCGGCUCCGGCUCUGUCCCCUCUCUGCGCCCCGGGGGCCGGAGCUCGCCGUCCCGGCUGCAUGCCCGCCGCGGUGUCGGCACGGCUGGAUUCGCUGGAGUCCUGGGCCUUCCAUGCGCUGCUGGUGCUGCCCUAUAUGUUCUACGUGGGCUUGUUCUUCGUCAACGUGCUGAUCCUGUACUACGCCUUCCUGAUGGAGUACAUCGUCCUCAACGUGGGCAUCGUCUUCCUGCCCGAGGACAUGGACCAGGCGCUGGUGGACCUGGGGGUGCUCUCCGACCCCGGCUCCACUCUCUACGAGACCGACAGCGAGCUGGACGUCUUUGACGCCUACUUGGAGUGACGCCGUCCCGGCGCGGCCCCGGGAUGCCCGCGCCGCCUCUCCCCUCGGGGCGCCCCCGGAACGCGCUGCCGCCGGGCCGGGCCGGGCCGUGCCGCGGACGGGCCGCAGAAAUUCAUUAAACACCUGAAAUGGAUUAUGACCAGGUUAAUGGAUCAAGUUACGGAAAGAAACUAUACUCUGAAAUGUAGAGGUGAAAAGAAGGACAAGGGGACAGCGAGAAGAGUUGUUAUCAGACCUUGUCAGCUGUGACUUUUUCCCCAUGAUCAUUGCCUCUCAAGUGUGCACUACCUGCUGUGAUUUGUGUACAGUACUGGGCUUCCAUAGGUAAUUUGGGGAUGGACUGCGUGAAUAAAUAAUAUAAGCUAUGUUCUCUUAUAACAGAAAAUCAAGAUAUUACUCAGAUUUGAUAAACUUUUCAAUAAAUACCAUUUCACCUGAAUGGACACACUGUACAUGCUGCUUAAGCAAGUUUUGCAUUCUCACACUGAAAACUCUACCAGCCAGUAGUUCCACAUCUGUGCUCUCUCAGGGGAACAUAUCCAGGAGUGCCACAAGGUUCUGUUCAGGGCAGUAUGAUGACAAGAACUGCACUAGUAAGAGACUUGAUUUAAAUUGUCAGCUUUGAAACAGAUCAGAGACUGAAUUUUGUUAAGUGGAUUCAUUAUCUCACGCAAGAUAAUUUGCAGAUUAAGUUCAUGUUCCUAUGUACAGAUCUGAAAGCAAUACAAUAAAGACUGUCCUUUUCCAUGAAAGAGUAA